CUUUGUGGAAUAAACACUGAAAUCGCGAAAGAAGUGCUUUUCUCACAUGCAAUCUGUGAGUUGAUUUUUUUUUGGUAAAUCAAACCUGAGCAGAUCAAUGGUUGUUCUAAGAAUAAGGAAUGCCCAUAAAAGACAUUAUGCACUUCUCUGUUUGAGCAUCGUUGCUUUUCUCAUGUACAGGGGCAUCGGUCUCCUGUCUGGGAGGAGGACAAUGAGUAGGAAGGUUGGCUUGCGUGCCAACUCAUCCCAGUUCACUCUGGAGGGGGAACCCUUUCGCAUCCUGGGGGGGUCCAUUCACUAUUUCCGGGUGCCCAGAGCCUAUUGGAGGGACCGGAUGAUGAAGAUGAGGGCGUGUGGCAUCAACACACUCAGCACAUAUGUACCCUGGAGUUUACAUGAGCCGGCGAGAGGCGUUUUCCAGUUUCAAACGGAUUUGGACUUAGAAGCUUAUAUAAACCUGGCUGCAGAUCUGGGACUGUGGGUGAUUCUAUGUCCAGGCCCUUACAGUUCCUCAGAGUUAGACCUAGGAGGGCUGCCAAGUUGGCUUCUCCGGGAUGGUAACAUGAGGUUGAGAACUACUUACCCAGGAUUCAUUGAGGCAGUGAACACAUUCUUUGACAAGCUCAUUCCAAAGAUGGUUCCACUACAGUUCAAAAAGGGAGGUCCCAUCAUUGCAGUUCAAUUAGAGAGUAAAUAUGGAUCCUUCAAAGGCGAUGACAGUUACAUGCCUUUCAUCAAGGAGGCAAUUGUGUCGAGAGGGAUCAGUGAGCUCCUUCUUACAUCAGACACCCCCCAGGGCUUACAGGCAGGGGGCGUAACGGGAGCCCUUCGAGCUGUAAAUCUUCGGAAAUUAAAUCAGGGAAACAUAGAAUAUCUGAAUGCUGUUCAGCCUAACAGCCCCGUGAUGGUGAUGGAGUACUGGACCGGUUGGUUUGAUGUAUGGGGAGAUCUCCAUCAUGUUCUCGCCCCUGAGGACAUGGUGUCUUCGGUGCGGGAGAUGCUGAGACGAGGCAUGUCCAUCAACCUGUACAUGUUCCAUGGAGGGACAAGCUUUGGCUUCCAGAGUGGAGCACUGGCCAAUCCCUCCUACAAGGCCUUGAUCACAAGCUACGAUUAUGAUGCUCCCCUGUCGGAAGCAGGGGAAUACACUCCAAAGUACCACCUCCUAAGGGAACUCUUCAGCCGCUACCACAGAGUUGAGAAGCUCCCAGACAUGCCAGCCCUGCGCUGGAGGGAGGCUUACGAGCCAGCCAUCAUGUACCACCAUCUGUCCUUGUGGGACGCAUUGAGCUUCACUGAAGAGCCUUUUAAAUCCCCAACGCCUGUAAACAUGGAGAAUCUUCCGGUCAACAAUGGGAAUGGCCAGUCUUAUGGCUACGCCCUGUAUGAGACAACCAUCACAAGUGGAGGUCUACUCAAGUCUGAAGACCAUGUGCGAGACAGAGCACUGGUGUUCGUGGACAGACACUACAUUGGCAUCUUUAAGCACCAAAGUCUCGAGCUAGCAGUUCCUGAUGGUAAGGGGAAAAGGAUAUUAAGUCUGCUGGUAGAGAACUGUGGGCGAGUGCAAAAUGGGAAAGCUCUUGAUAAUCAACGCAAAGGUCUAGUAGGAGACAUUUUCUUGAACAAUGUUCCAUUGCGGGAUUUUACAAUCUACAGUUUGGAAAUGAAAACAAGUUUCGUUGACAGCCUCUACCUGGCACCAUGGAAAUCUCUUCCCCACAUUCCCAGCUUCCCAGGGUUUUUCAUGGGCAGAUUGUUUACGUAUGGCUAUCCUAGCGACACCUUUGUUAAGCUUCCGGGCUGGGGAAAAGGUGUGUUUUUUGUUAAUGGACUGAACCUGGGUCGGUACUGGUCCAUUGGCCCCCAGCAAACUCUCUACCUCCCUGGGCCUUUCCUCAACAGUGGUGUCAACCAGGUCAUCAUGUUUGAGGAGCAGGAGGCAGACUAUAAGGUCCAUUUUGAGGAUGUUCCUGACCUGGGCAUGGCUGUGGACAUCCAGUGACUCAAACCACGCUCUGCUACAGGUGGACCAGGCUGAAUAUGGAUUCAACCUGUGAAUUGCAUUUUGCUGUAACAUAAAAGGGCUUGACAUUUUGCAGGGGGUGACUACUGGAGCUCACCUCAGUCCCUGGGUGAAUAUCAGUUGUGCUUAAAGAAAAUGCCACUCUGACUGAAUUAAUUGGAACAGCCUCCAAAACCUUAAUGCCAUUUUUCUAUAGCUGUGGUGAUCAUGUUGGCUGGCCGACAACUGUGCUUGUUUAACUAUUCCCUUUCUCCAGUUUUUAUGUAUUAAUUAUGGCUGUAGUCGAACAUGGUUGGAAUACAAUUGUGAGUAAAAUCGGACUGAUUGUUAUUUUCAUCCCAGUCCCAAAGUGCCAAAUUGUCUAGACAGCUGUGGGAAAUAGAUACUGUUCUGUCUGUUGCUACAAUAUGGAGGAUUUUCAGUACUUGGUUCCCUAGAGACCAAUACUAUAUGAAAGCUGUCAGAGUCUAGCAAUAGAAAACAAUGCUUUGAUUAUUAACAAAGGAAAAAUAAGAUAUCACAGUCCCAUCCAACUAAGAGAAAGACCCUGGCAGAUGGAGUAAUGUUUUUUAUUUUAUUAUUUAUAUGUACAUAAUUACAG